AUGACGGAAUUGAUCAAGUCUGGCACUUACCCCUCCUUCGACAAAUUCAGCAAAGAUGCCCAGACGUUGAUAAAGGCCCAUCCUGACAAAUAUAGGUAUGUAUUCUAUUAUUUUGCUUGGUUUUUAGGUAAUGUGGCGAAAGGAUGGAUAUUAUCCAUGUAGGCUUAUCAAUAUGGUUUUCUCUUGAUUUUCAGAUGGUUAUUAGCUAAAUUUUUUUGUUUGAUAGUAAGGAAAAUGUAUAUUCUUUGAUAUAGUUUAUGGAUUUGGACAGUUGAUAAAAUUUUAAAUUGUUUACGGCAUGUAUUUAUGAAAUUUCGUAUAUUGCUGUCAUGAAUAAUAUAAAGUUUACUUCUGAUAUUCAAAAAGGCUUAUAUGGGCUAAAUUUAGCGUUUAUUAUUUGAACUAAGGUAUGGAUUUUAAUGUUAGGCUUGUAUUGCGACAUUUGAUUGGUUUUUGAUUGUGUUACAUCUCAUUUCCCGGCCAUGUUAGUGUAGUUACCUAAAAUAUGGUUAAAGGGGUUUUCACUAGUUUUAGGGAAGACUGAGUAGGUAAAACCUAUGUACUUAGUUGGAAAAUGUUCUUCUAGAGUUUUUUAUCAAAAAAUUUUUAUGGAUUCAGUUUGUUUCUUAUGAUUUUUGUCUGAUAUUAACUAUGGGUUUUUGUGUGUGCUAGAAAAUGGGUGAAGUCCGAGAGUUUUGAUUGUUUGAAAGUGUAAGUUGGAUAACAUUAGUUUGAAAACUAAAUUCUGCUGCGUUUCUUGUAUUAUAUAUCAUAUCAUGUUCGUUUAACUUUAUUUUGUGUUGUUUUUGUCGAAUAUUGUCUAUGGCAGACUUCUGGUCUAAUAUUAUUUAUCAAAAAUUUGUUUUCUCGUUAGAAAUAAAGUGUGAAUUGAUCAUAAAUUGUUAGAAAUGUUUAUUCCACAGCUGUUAAUAAGUGAUUUUUAAUCGUCUUUAUCCAUUUACCUCUUAUAUUAUCUAUGAUACUUAUAAAACAUUUUUUUUCAGAUUUGUGCUCAAACCCAUUCACAAGGACGGGAAAAUUCAUCUCAAAAUCUCGGAUAAUCGAACGUGUAUCCAAUAUGUAUUAUCAAACAUCAAUGAAUUCAAGAAACUCGAGGUAUUCAUCGGCACGGUAAUGCAAGACAACACCACCGAUAAUAAUGGUCUGUAA